CAAUGUUUUGUAGACAUUGUUGGUAAAGAUAGUUUGCAUAAAUCGUGCAGUUGCUAGUUAGCCCUGCGAAAUCAGUUACGUUAGCUAAUAUAGCUACAUUAGUGUACACUAGUAGUGUACAGUGACUAACUAAGUAGGUAGCUAGCAAGCUAACCCGUACCAGUUAUUUAGCAGGUACGUCGUCGUUAUAUAAAAGUUUUUAAAUACAUAUUUGGUUAUACAGUUAUUUGUAUUGGGCUAGCAAUUGAAACAAAUUUAAAUAAAGUUAGCUAACAACGUUACUAAGGACGUUAACUAGACAUCUACACAAUAGUGAAUGAAAACGACAUUUAUUUUUCACCGUAUUAUCUAGCUAGCUACAUUGAUCGAUUUAGGGGCUUUGACAGACAGCUUUGAGACAGUGAAACGAAAAGUACAACAGCAACCGGUCGUCGUCUUAGGGGAUAUGUAUGCAGAUAUAAUCUGUGUCGGGCUGGGAAUUGGAUACGACACUUAAUACUGUACUGUUUGAGACAACACCAUUGUCAUUGAUAUUAUACGGAUGUGGUUUGCAGGGUUGGUUAUUUAAUCAACGUUUGACUAUAGAGAUGGCGCACACAGGAGGCAUGGGAGAUGCCCCGGGACAGUUUUCAGGAAAUCAGGGGUCAAGUCUUGGCCUUCGAAGUCGACCAAGCUCCAGCGAAAGAGACGGUCAGGUCCGUCAUGUCAAAUCAUUACUUCAAGAAUCACUCAGUCCCUACGAGCCUGUGUUGACCUACCUACAAUCCUUGCUGUUGUGGGAAAGGCCGUUUCAGAGUGUGCUACUGUACACAGUGGUGAACGUUGUGUUCUGGUUCUUUGCCCUGACUUCGUUGCGCCUGCUCUUUUUGCUGUCUUCAGGCCUGAUUGCUGUAAUCUGCGGUGACACCUGGAAGAACAAGAUCUGGCCUGAGAUCAGAGUUAAGAGACCAGACGAAUCUGAAAAUGAAAGCUGGGGCCUGGUGCAGCCUGGGGUGCUGAGUGUUCCGGAGCUGUGUCACCACAUAGCUGAGGCCUGGGUCUCUGGAAAGGCCUUUACGUCCAGCAUGGUGCACUUCAAAAGACACAACCCCGGCAAAUUCUGCCUCCUGACCUGUGCUGCCUUCACCUGUCUGGCCAUGGUGGGACGCUAUAUCCCUGGACUGGUGCUCUCUUACUCUGCUGUUCUGGCUAUUCUGCUGGGUCCCCUGGCAGCGUACCACCGGGUGUGCCAGCAUGUGUGUGUGAGGCUGGAGCCGGCCCUGCAGUGGCUUGACUUCAGCGUUCGCGGGUACAUGAUGUCAAAGCCCAUCGAUAACCAGUUCCUCCGUAAGCCAAUCCAGGGUGCAGCCGCCGCUGAUGCCAGUGACAGUGAGGAGGAGCUGGCUGCGUUCUGCCCAACGUUUGACGACGCUGUUAUGGCCAAGGAACUGGGACUGACGGACUCGGAGCACUCCGACACUGAGGUCUCCUACAUGGACAACGGGACCUUCAACCUGUCCCGGGGCCACACUCCUCUCACAGAGGGCUCAGAAGAUCUCGACAGGCACAGUGACAACGAGGAGUCGUUCGCCCAGGACCUCAACGACUUCCCCUCCAUCAACCCGGACGCCACCCUGAUGGAUGACGAUGAUGACUCGUGCAUCGGCCUGCCGAGCCUGGGUCACCGGUCGGGGCAGUCCGCCGCCCGCACCACCUCCCAGCUGCUGGAUGUGGACUCCCACCUGGACUCGGAUCAGGAUGACCUGGACGAGGAUCUCUCCCUCGGCGGCCUCCCCCUCUCCUCUGACUUCCUGGGAGGCGAGCUGGCCGGGAUCAUCGCCAGCAACAUGAUUCAGGCGGCGCUUGCCGGGGCCAUGCAGCCACACCCGCCCGCGGGCCGCAGGGAGAGGCCCCACAGAGGACGGGGAUACGCCAAGCAGUCCAGCUCAGAGCUGGACACGGACAUGGACGGGGAGGACUUUGAGAUGCUGGACCAGUCGGAGCUGAACCAGAUGGAUCCCCUCGGGGGCGCUGGGAGACAGGGGGAGGGCCAGGGUGGGGGCUCCGGCUUCCUCUCUAACCUGCUGAGGAAACCACAGUGACACGCAUCAGCCUGUGGAUGACAAGCCGUGUGUGUGUGUGUGUGUGUGUGUGUGUGUGUGUGUGUGUGUGUGUGUGUGUGUGUGU